CAAUUAUAUAUUAUGGCAAAAACUUAUAACCUCUAUUUUGGCAAAGAUGCGAAGCCCGUUGAGUAUUACAAGCCCACGACACCAGAAAAAGCAUUACAGGACUUAAUUGACAACCCCGACGCAUGGGAACAAUAUUUAAAAAACCAUGAGGACGCAAUUAAUUUAUUAAGAGAAAAGUGGGAUAAUUUGGUUAAAGAAAAAACUGCCAUUACCAUCUUAUCUAAUAGCCGAAAGAAAAAAGUUGAGGAGUUUGAGAAGUUUUUAAAGGAGGUUUUGGGAUAUAAUAAUAUGGAUGAGAUUAAAACCGCAUUAGACGGGCAAAAAUUACCUAACAUUUUAACCAGUGCCAACACCACCAUAAAGACUUUAAAGACCAAUGAAAUAAAAUUGAAGGGAGAUAUUGCGUUUUUACAAAACCAAAACGCGAAUAUGGUUGACCGAACGGACUUAAAAGAUGCCGUUGAGGCCAAAAAGAAAGCCGUUAACGAUUUAGGCAAUUUACAAAAUCUUUAUACUCCGUUAAAAGAUAAAAUUGACGGACUAAAUAACAAAUGA